CGGGCCCCCGUGAGCCCCGGGCGGACGCGCCGAGCAGCCGGGCCGCGGGAGCAGUCCAAGCGGCCACGGCCACGGCCACGGCCACUCACGCAAGCUCACACUCUCACACUCCGGGCCCAGGCACCGGCUGCCCCGGGGCGUGGCUGGUAACUUGUUGUGCGGAGCAAGCGGCGGCGGCACCAUCCAGGCGGGCACCAUGGGCACGUCCGCGCGCCGGGCGCUCUGGCUGCUGCUCGCGCUGUGCUGGGCGCUCCGGGAGAGCGGCGCCACCGCAACCGGGAGAAAAACCAAGUGCGAAGCUUCCCAAUUCCAGUGCACCAAUGGCCGCUGCAUUACUCAGCUGUGGAAAUGUGAUGGCGAUGAAGACUGUGUGGAUGGCAGUGAUGAAAAGAACUGUGUAAAGAAGACAUGUGCUGAGUCGGAUUUUGUGUGCAACAAUGGCCAGUGUAUUCCCAAUCGAUGGCAGUGCGACGGGGAUCCUGACUGUGAAGAUGGUUCUGAUGAAAGCCCAGAGCAGUGCCAUAUGAGAACAUGCCGCAUAAAUGAAAUCAGCUGUGGCGCCCGUUCUACUCAGUGCAUCCCAGUGUCCUGGAGAUGUGAUGGUGAAAGUGAUUGUGACAGUGGAGAAGAUGAAGAAAACUGUGGCAAUGUAACGUGCAGCUCUGACGAGUUCACUUGCUCCAGCGGCCGCUGCAUCUCCAGGAACUUUGUGUGCAAUGGGCAGGACGACUGCAGCGAUGGCAGCGAUGAGCUUGACUGUGCCCCGCCCACCUGCGGCGCCCACGAGUUCCAGUGCAGCACCUCCUCGUGCAUCCCCAUCAGCUGGGUGUGCGACGACGACGCGGACUGCUCCGACCAGUCCGAUGAAUCCCUGGAGCAGUGUGGCCGCCAGCCCGUGAUCCACACCAAGUGCCCUGCCAGCGAGAUCCAGUGUGGCUCCGGCGAAUGCAUCCACAAGAAGUGGCGAUGCGACGGCGACCCUGACUGCAAGGAUGGUAGCGAUGAGGUCAACUGUCCUUCUCGAACCUGCCGACCUGACCAAUUCGAAUGCGAGGAUGGUAGCUGCAUCCAUGGCAGCAGGCAGUGUAACGGUAUCCGCGACUGUGUCGAUGGUUCGGAUGAAGUCAACUGCAAGAACGUCAACCAGUGCCUGGGCCCUGGCAAGUUCAAGUGCAGAAGUGGGGAAUGCAUAGAUAUCAGCAAAGUGUGUAACCAGGAGCAGGACUGCAGGGACUGGAGUGAUGAGCCCCUGAAAGAGUGCCAUGUAAACGAAUGCUUGGUCAAUAAUGGUGGAUGUUCCCAUAUCUGCAAGGACUCGGUUAUAGGCUACGAAUGUGACUGUGCGGCUGGGUUUGAACUCAUAGAUAGGAAAACCUGCGGAGAUAUUGACGAAUGCCAAAAUCCGGGAAUCUGCAGUCAAAUUUGUAUCAACUUAAAAGGCGGUUACAAGUGUGAAUGUAGUCGUGGCUAUCAAAUGGAUCUUGCCACUGGCGUGUGCAAGGCAGUAGGCAAAGAGCCAAGUCUGAUCUUCACUAAUAGAAGAGACAUCCGCAAGAUUGGCUUAGAGAGAAAAGAAUACAUCCAACUGGUUGAGCAGCUGCGAAACACCGUGGCUCUUGAUGCUGAUAUUGCAGCUCAGAAACUGUUCUGGGCUGACGUCAGCCAGAAGGCCAUCUUCAGUGCCUCAAUUGAUGACAAGGUUGGUAGACAUGUAAAAAUGAUCGACAAUGUCUAUAAUCCUGCAGCCAUUGCUGUUGAUUGGGUGUACAAGACCAUCUACUGGACUGAUGCGGCUUCUAGGACUAUUUCAGUAGCCACCCUAGACGGAGCCAAGAGGAAGUUCCUGUUUAACUCUGACUUGCGAGAGCCUGCCUCCAUAGCCGUGGACCCACUGUCUGGAUUUGUUUACUGGUCAGACUGGGGUGAACCAGCUAAAAUAGAAAAAGCAGGAAUGAAUGGAUUUGAUAGACGCCCACUGGUGACAGUGGACAUCCAAUGGCCCAAUGGAAUUACACUGGACCUCAUCAAAAGCCGCCUCUACUGGCUGGAUUCCAAGUUGCACAUGUUAUCGAGUGUGGAUUUAAAUGGCCAAGACCGCAGGAUAGUACUCAAGUCUCUGGAGUUCCUAGCUCAUCCUCUGGCACUAACAAUUUUCGAGGAUCGUGUCUACUGGAUAGAUGGGGAAAACGAAGCAGUCUAUGGUGCCAAUAAGUUCACUGGAUCAGAACUGGCCACUCUAGUCAACAACCUUAAUGAUGCCCAAGACAUCAUUGUGUAUCAUGAACUUGUGCAGCCAUCAGGUAAAAACUGGUGUGAGGAAGACAUGGAGAAUGGAGGGUGUGAAUACCUAUGCCUGCCAGCUCCACAGAUUAAUGAGCACUCUCCAAAGUAUACCUGUUCCUGUCCCAAUGGGUACCACCUAGAGGAAAAUGGCCGAGAAUGCCAAAGUACUGCAACUACUGUGACUUACAGUGAGACAAAAGAUACCAACACUACAGAAAUUUCACCAACUAGUGGACUAGUUCCUGGAGAGAUCAAUGUGACCACGGCAGUCUCAGAAGUCAGUGUUCCCCCAAAAGGGACUUCCGCUGCCUGGGCCAUCCUUCCUCUCUUGCUCUUAGCGAUGGCAGCAGUGGGUGGCUACUUGAUGUGGCGGAACUGGCAACACAAGAACAUGAAAAGCAUGAACUUUGACAAUCCUGUGUACUUGAAGACCACGGAAGAGGACCUCUCCAUUGACAUCGGCAGACACAGUGCUUCUGUUGGACACACGUACCCAGCAAUAUCAGUUGUAAGCACAGAUGAUGAUCUAGCUUGACUCCUGUUCAUGACCUCUGAGGUCUAACCCAGUAACACCCCCUCUCCGGAACGGUAACCGGGCCAGCAGCUGAAGUCUCUUUCUUCCUGCCAUCUGGAAGAACGUCAAGAUAUCUUUGCGUGGAUCAAGCUUGUGUACUUGACCGUUUUUAUAUUACUUUUGUAAAUAUCCUUGCCCACAUGCUACUUCAGCUUUGGAUAUGGUUACCAAGUAUCUGUAAUCUAUGAAUUUCUAGACAGUAUUGCCGCCUCUGGCCAAAUAUGCACUUUCCCUAGAAAGCCAUAUUCCAGCAAUGAAACUUGUGCUAUAGUGUACACCACUGUACAUACAGUGUAUAGGCCACCUGUAAAUACUCCAGAGAACAAUCACUAUUCUUAAGCACUUUGAAAAUAUUUCUAUGUAAAUUAUUGUAAACUUUUUCAAUGGUUGGGACAAUGGCAAUAGGAUAAAACGGGUUACUAAGAUGAAAUUGCCAAAAAAAAUUUGUAAACUAAUUUUGUACGUAUAAAUGAACUCUUUGACCUCAAAGGAGGUUUACAAAGACUGAGUGUUCAAACUACUGUAUAUUUCUUCUUUUCAAGUGCUCAAACAUUAAACCAAGCAGUGUAACCAUGGUUUGUGCCUAUUCCUCUAGGGUGAAGUCCUCGAACGGCCUGAAUAGUAUGGAAUGUUCUCUCUCAGUGUAUGAGCUGUCACUCCUGACAUUGUAUAAACCUGUCAUUGGGCUAGUUUCUCUUACAACCAAGUACUAACAAAAGAACGAGGUACCAGUUGACAUUUGGUUGUUAUAAAAAGGCUCCAGGGUCUUAUUUCGCGAAAGUUUAGUUUAGUCUGUAUCUAGAAUUCCUCUUGCGUGGGAGAGAAUUCCUUUCUUUGUUAACAUGUUUCCUAAUGUGGAAAUAUAUGCUCUGAUUUCUAUGAAUUCUACUUCUUCGUGCUUAAGUCUGUGUGUUCCAUGUUCUGUCAUUACAUGCAGGUCAAGGACAAGUGCCUUCUAAGGCAUGGGAAAAGGGUUUGUUCUUCGGAAUGUCUAGACUAGCUUACCAGGAAGGGUGGCUAGGGAAGAUAGCAGGUGGCAGCAUUCUGGCGCCAUCGGAGGCAGUGGUUCUCAAUGUACUCCAAGGCACAGCAGCAACUGCAUCACCUGAGAGCUUGCUAGAAAACCUAAGUGUGCAGGCAGACCCCUUCCCAGACCCGAAUCAGAAACCCUGGGGGUGGCACCCAGGUCUGUAUUUUCAGGUCAUACUGAGGUUUCUAAAUAACUAAGGUUUGAAAAACACUGUAUGAGCUCCUCUAUUUUUGGGCUAAGAUAAAUGAUGGAUUCCUUCUGUGGACAGUUUCUGGAACUUUUGAGUGUGAAGAACAGAAAAGGAAUUGAAAUAGAAGAAAAAGUGGAGUGGGUAGUUGAACGAGUUUUCCAUCUGUCUGGGCAUCCCUUCCUUCCCAUGUAGCCUCAGGAUCCCUGGAAGCAAGGGAGGUGGGGUGCACCACGGAAGGUUGGUGAUUCCCCUGGGACUGAUGCAGUAGCCAGGUAAUAAAAAGAUGCUGUGAGUAGUUAAGUGGAUUGGUAGAUGACUCAGAAUUCACUUGUGUAUGGAAUGUAAGGCAGUUGAAAGUUUGCUCCUGACCAAGAGAAGGAGCCCAGUAACCCUAAAUGAAAGGCAAGUUGUUUCUGUCAUCUUACCUGAUGGAUGCCCCCUGGUGAUUGAGGACAAAGGGUCAAAGAGAAAGGAUAAGCUUGGGCCUUGUUUGUUUUGUCCACAGAAGGUAUGGAGGUCGAGCGUAGAGAAGGAAGAGGCUGUAAUCAUCAAGGUAGGACUGCCUACUUUCACCUCUCUCUUGUGCUACAAAUAGUCACACUGAACAGUGAACCCACUCAGUGCGGUCUGCCAACACACAGAGACUCAAGUGCGCACUUGGUAAGUGACACAGCAUUCGCCAGAUCUAAACUCUGUAGGCCAUUUGUUGCCCUGCUGUGGUACAAAAAUCAUUGUUGGCUUUUUUAAAUUGGAAUAAUACGAGAUGCCCUGUUAGGUUAGACACCAGCACUUGCUGCCACGAUAAGGACCAUACGGUGUCCAUCAACCAUCUGGCCCACAGUCACAUGUCUACCAGUAAAGCAAUAUUUGCCAUCAUUGUAUUCUGGGUUCCAGUCCCUAGUGUGUUCUUACAGAUUCUGGGUACUAAUUUCCAAUCCCCAAAGAGUCUACAGCAUCUCCUUUUGGAAUCUUGUUUUCCCCACUAAGAAGCCAAGGUAGAAUGCAUUGCACCUGCCUUAAGAGCUACAAACUCACUUGGAGAAACAAACGAACCUGAUGUGUCUACUGAGAUAAGAGUAUUUAUCCAGCCAGAGUGCUGUCCGCUUGGCUCAGCAAUAUCGUUCCCGAGGGACCACCGCCUGGGCUUUAUUACCCAAACAAGAACGUAAAGAAUGCCGGGUGAAAUGCGCUGGAGCGGGUCUGCCGUGUCCCGAGAGUUUAAUGUCGCGGGAGAGAGUUAAGAGGUAGAGUACAGAGCUCAGCAAGGACUACAGCAGAUAUUUAGAGCUGAAUGAGCCUGUUACACAAAGUGACUGGAAGUGGGCUCUCCAGAACCAUAAGAGAUUGCUGCAGAGGGUUGAUGAGAGAGGAAUAAACAAAUUGGUAGUCUCCGGUAAAGAAAUCCAGCCAUGUUCCUGUGUUGUACCUUUGUAGGUGGGUUCUGCAAGCUAUCUGCUUGGCAAAAAAUUAGUCCCAGCUGUUCAGCUGGCUCCCUAAGAGCAUUCUUAGAACUGCUUGAAAGGUUAGUAUCAAUGUUAAGUCUUUGAGUAUUGAUGAGCACGCAACCAAGAAGCGGGAGCCUUUAACUACGGGACUCGCUUCUGUUGCUUUUCUGAUGGCAUUAGCUGUCAGAGAGCCCUCAUGGAGGACGAGAAGGCAGGCUCUCACCCUGAAAGCACAGGGCAGGCCCAGCACUGCCGCCUGGGUUCCCAGCACUGGGACAACGGGAGACCUAUCUAAAGCCUGCCUGUGAGCUAUCCUCACUGCAAGCCACCAGAUUCUGGUGGGGUUUCCUCUUGCAAAAGGGGUCUAACUGAAGUUUUUUUCCCAGGACUGUUACCCACGAAGAUUUUAUUCAGUGAAACACUUUGGAGCCCAAACAGAAGCUAUACCCUUUCCUUUUCAUGGUGAUGAAGCCUGCAGAAAGCACAGAUGCUUCUGCUGACUCAGGUCCAAGGGCAGAGAGUGCAAGCUGCCAUUUUUGACCCUGACCUUGAGCCCUUCAGCUUCAUCACCCAGUGUUUCCCACUGAGUCUUUGGGAAAAAGAAUUUUUUUUUCUCAUGCUGCUCUUUCUGCUUCUGUCACCUCAUAGACCUGGACUGUAGGGGUUCAGGAAUACAGAAAAAUAGAAAUGCUUUUGGGGUAAUUGUUUCCACAUGCGGUGCAAGGAGGGUAACAAUGAAAUAAGGACCAAUUUUAGAUUUCUCUCCAAGUCAGAAUGGAAGUUUCCAGGUCAGAUAACUUCAUGGGAAGGAUCAUCACUUGCCUUUGCAUACACUUCAUUCACGGCCACCUUCACACAUGAAAGGCUGACUACGAAUUAGCAGAAGGGCCCGGAUGAGAGACUCAGGGGUCCUUAGACAAGCUACUGAGACCCGUAUUAAAGUAGUGGCCCAUCUCUCCAUGGUGUAGCAUUUUGGGGCCUGGCUCGCCUAAGAAACAGGGGAACCAUGCCUGACAAUUCUACCUAUGGACACUGAGGCUGGAGCAAGACAGGCUGAGAGCAGCGGGUUCGGGGCUCUGUGCCUUCCCUAGUGCUACAUCCAAAAUGGUUUGCUUCUUCGGCGUGCUUCAGGGAAAAGUCAGGUGGCUGGUGGAGUAGGUCUAUCGAGAAAUAGUAGGCAGCAUAGUUAACAGCGUGGGCGGGCGACUGAGCCCUUUUGUACAACAGUACAAUAGUAAUGACACGGGCUCUGUCUCCCUGUGACGAGGCCACAGCGAGGGAGAGGCACACAGAGCCCAGCAGGUGCAGGGCCUACAUCUCGCCUCAAUGUCACUGUCCCGCAAGGCCUCUGCAUCUCCUCUCCUCUGGGGCAGCCCAGGAUCUGGUAGGUGACAUCCCUGCGAGAAUUACAGGAACUCACCUCCCUGUUGAGUGUAAAGUGCCUUCAGUCCUCUCUCCCUGACUAAGGAGGUCAAAGCUGCAGUUUCUGGAGUGCCAUCAGAUUGUGCAGUAAGAAGGCUUAAGCAUGAUAUGGGUGAAGCCUUAGAAAUAUAGCCGGUAUGGUAGGGAUCCCCCUCAGCUUUUGCCAUCUCUCUGUGUCAUCUUGAGACAGACAUUUGGGGGCCUGUAGAGUUUCUGGAGGGUUCCAAAGCACUUCAAGUCUCCCUUAUCUUCUUACCAUGUACUCAAUGGCAUGCCCGAUAAAUUCUCUCAUGUCCUGUAGUUGAUCUAAUGAGAACGCUAACAGGUAAGUUUCAUCUCCGUAACUGAUUCCAAAUCCUAUGUGUUAGUACUGCCCUCCCCUCCCCUAGAAGAGGAGGCAGUGCUGUGCGAAGGCUAGGCUGGGUGUCACAUCCUGUGUUUGCUGAGCCCUUCUACCACUAACUGCGAUACUUCAGCAGUUUCUGAGACACCCCUUCCAAUACAGGGAGGCGUGGAAGCGAAUCUCAUGCUAGCACCACCACAGCAGGUCAGCACAGAGCAACUCAGUUCUCUGUCACACUUUCAAGAUGCUAGGCAGUCCCGGUUUUCCUUGGCCAUCCAAGUGAAGUCAAACUAUCCUAUCAGAUUGCAAACAACAAAGAUUCCCUUGGGGAGUUUGUAGACAGGUAGCAUCAUUCCUCUUCAUAAGGUAUUGGGGAAAACAAGCUGUAACACGAUGAUUCUUAAGUUUUAAGGCUCUCCUAAAGGGAGGGACAUGGCCGUGGUGACGGGAAGAACUGUGCCUUGUCUACUGAGUUAUGAUGCUGUUACUCUGGGAUUGGAACUUAGGUAUUCUAGAAUCUACCCCGAGCCCUGGGUAUUUUUCAAUUUUCACACAUGCACAAGAGAAAAAGUAUUAUUUGAACAAAAUAACUGGCUUUCAGAAAACCAUCUUGCCCUCUCUAAAUGUCAUUUGAAACUAAAAUGUGAUUUAGGAGCAUGUAACGCCUCGGGAGUCAGGUGCAUACAACCAAAUGGUCAGGCUCAGGGGCUUCGGGAUUCAAAAGGCACACGUGGGGAUACAUUCAGUCCUGCUGACCUGUACAUAAACAUUUUUCCUUUUAUUAACAAACUGUACAUGUAACUUAAAUAAAAGUUUAUUUUUGAAAUUA